UAGAAAAAGGUUGCCCAAUGUCGCUGAAUGGAGUAAAAGUUAAUGUUUAUGUUCUUAAAGCUUAAACAUUUUCAGCUAAAUCUGACUCUCUUAAACUCUGGUGAAUUUCCUUUUGCACUUCUUCCCAGAGUGUAGGAUGUGGCAAGAUCAUUCACGGCAGCUGCAAUGAAGCAUCUCUCCAGACUUUUAAAAUCUCUGAGUGCCUCCAAAUUGCCCUGUACAAUUAAAAGUCAACCUUGCAGUGGAUCUCCAGAUUUGGAUUUCUCCGACUAUGAAGCUCUCUACAAGAAUGUGCCCGAACAUUUCAAUUUCGCAAGCGAUGUGCUGGAUAAAUGGAGCCAAAAGGAGAAGGAUGGAAAGAGACCUUCCAAUCCCGCUCUUUGGUGGGUAAGUGGGAAAGGCGAGGAGGUGCGGUGGAGCUUUGAGGAGCUGGCAUUCUUAUCCAAGAAAUCAGCCAACGUCCUCUCCAAAGCCUGCAAUCUGCAGAAGGGAGAUCGAAUCAUCAUCCUCCUCCCCAGGGUGCCUGAGUGGUGGCUGAUAAGUGUGGGCUGCAUCAGAGCAGGUGUCACCUUCAUCCCAGCCACGACACUGUUGACUGCUAAAGACAUCUUGUACCGGCUCCAAAAGUCUCGGGCCAAAUGUAUAGUUACAAACGAUGCCUUGGCUCCAUUGAUCGACUCUGUUGCAUCUGAUUGCCAGUUCCUGAAAACUCGGAUGUUGGUCUCCAAAGGCACCAGCAGAGAAGGAUGGCUAAACUUCCAUGACCUGCUGAAAGCUGCAGGUGAUGAUCACCAGCCUGUUAAAACAAGGAGUGAAGAUCCAAUGAUCAUCUACUUCACCAGUGGAACCACAGGUUAUCCCAAAAUGGUGGAACAUUCCUGCAGCAGUUUGGGGAUUGGACUAGCAAGCACCGGAAGGAACUGGAUGGACCUGAAAGCUUCAGAUUUGAUGUGGGGUUUCUCCGACACAGGCUGGAUCAAAUUUGCCUUCAGCAAUGUGUACCCUACAUGGAUGCUAGGGGCAUGUGUCUUUCAGCAUGGCAUGCUGCAGUUCGAGCCAACAACCGUUCUCAAUACUCUCUCCAAGUAUCCAGUGACGAUAUUCUGUGGCACCCCAACUAUUUUCCGUAUGUUUCUGCAGCACGACGUUAGCAGAUACCAGUUCAAGAGUCUGAGACGAUGCCUGAGUGGUGGGGAGCCAACCAACCUUGAAGUGAUUGAGCAGUGGAAAGCUCAUACCGGAAUAGUAAUCCGUGAAGGCUAUGGGCAGACAGAGACUACCAUACUUUGUUCAACCCCGAAGGAUAUGAAAGUCAAGCCGGGGUUUAUUGGACCAUCAUCUCAUCCCUUUGAUAUCCAGAUAAUAGAUGAACAUUGCAAUCGCCUGCCUCCUGGGGAAGAAGGAGACAUUGCUGUUAAAAUCAAACCCAAAAGGCCCUUGGGUCUCUUCUCUGGCUACGUGGAUGACCCUGAGAAAACAGCCUCGACAGAACGUGGAGACUUCUACAUCACUGGGGACCGAGGGAUCAUGGAUGAAGAUGGCUACAUCCGGUUUGUGGCAAGAGCUGAUGAUGUCAUCUUAUCUGCUGGGUAUCGUAUCGGGCCCUAUGAAGUGGAACAUGCCUUAAUGGAACACCCAGCAGUGGCAGAAUCGGCCGUUGUCAGCAGUCCAGAUCCCAUCAGGGGAGAGGUUGUAAAAGCCUUUAUCGUCCUGUCGCCUGCUUACGAGUCACGAGAGAAAGACCAAUUAAUUUGUGAGCUGCAGGAGCAUGUCAAGAAGACAACAGCUCCCUACAAGUACCCCAGAAAGAUAGAGUUUGUUCAAGACCUGCCCAAGACAAUUUCUGGAAAAAUCCAAAGGAAACAGCUGAGGAAGAAGGAGUGGGAGAAAGCCUAACAGGACUCUGAAACCAGCAUGAAAGGACUGGUUCUUAUUUGUCUCAAUAGUCUCAGAGAUAGAUAGAUAGAUAGAUAGAUAGAUAGAUAGAUAGAUAGAUAGAUGAUAGAUGAUAGAUAGAUAGAUAGAUAGAUAGAUAGAUAGAUAGAUGAUAGAUAUAGAUAGGAGAUGUAAACUGUUUGCCAUCAGGGAAAAUUAGACAUCACCAAUCACCUAUCAGCAUACGGUAACAUUAAAGGGUUUCUGACUAUGCAUGAAGCCUGACGUCAGCGCUUUCCAAAUCACUUCAAGGUUGGAUUACUGUAAUGCACUCUGUGUGGGGCUUCCCUGGCACCUGACCCAGAAACUGCAGCUGGCCCAGAAUUCUGCAGCAUGGCUGCUGACAGGAGUAAAACUCCAUCCGCAUAUGACACCUCUGCUCAGAAAUCUGCUCUGGCUGCCCAUUGGUUACUGCGACAAGUUCAAAGGCGUAUAUUAAGCCCGUAACAGUUUGGAACCAGUUCGUUUGUGAGAUCACCUUACCCCAUACAUGACCACGCAAAUUCCCCCUACACCUAAUCUUUCCUAUCACCUCCUUUAAGUAGAGAUUUCAUUUGUUUGUACCUCCUGCAUGCACAUGUGCCAGUGGCGAACUUUGGGCUUUAAAAUUUCAGCUGCGCUCUGCAAUGCCAAAAUUUAGCACUCCCCAUGCCUUCCAUUGUGCAUCAAUGUUUCAGCGCCCUCUCGACUCGGCACCCAAUGCAGGCGAACCAGUCAUGCUCCCCUAAAUCCGCCUCUUCAUGUGCCCAACUUCUGCGCUGUGAUUCCUUACUGAAUAUACUU